AACCCCCCAACUCCGUUCAUUGCGGCAGCCAAAUCGAGAUCUCGCCCGUGCUGAAUCCCACCACUCUCGCCGACCCGGCCGGCCGCAGCAAGCGCAGCGCAUCGACAGGAGCCGAAGAACCGAAGAGGAGAUGGCGUCGGCGCUGUCCUCCCUGCGCUACGGCGACAGCCUCUCGGUGGUGGGCAUCUCCGCCGCGACGGCCGUGCUCUGCGAGGCCAUGUCCUGGCUCCUCAUCUACCGCACCGCCACCUACAACUCCCUCCGCGCCUCCAUCGAGCGCCACUCCCGCAAGCUAGACGCCAUGAAGUCCGGCUCCACCUCCGCCUCCUCCGGCACCGCUGCCUCCUCCGCGCAGCCCGCAUCGUCGCGGGCUAAGAAGAUGGACCGCGUCGAGACCAGCCUCAAGGACGCUGCGCGGGAGCUCUCGCUCGCCAAGCUCAAGUCGGGCGCCGUCGUCGCUGUCAUGCUCUUCGUCGUCUUCGGCCUGCUCAACUCCCUCUUCGAGGGCCGCACCGUUGCCAAGCUGCCCUUCGCGCCCAUCCCGCUCGUCCAGCGGAUGAGCCACCGCGGACUGCCCGGGAACGAUCCCACCGACUGCUCCAUGGUUUUCCUCUACUUCCUCUGCUCCAUGAGCAUCCGAACCAACCUGCAGAAACUGCUUGGCUUCGCGCCGCCACGCGCGGCUGCUGCAGCCGGCGGUGGCCUCUUCCCCAUGCCCGAUCCGAAAGUUAAUUGAGGCUGAUUUCCAAGACGAGUGAAUCCGAACCAAAGAUAGCAAUAGUCGCCCGGGAAAGACUCUGUGCGACUGCACCGAUAUCCGUACCCAAUUCAUUUUCCACAGCUCACCGGUUUGUUGUUGCGCACCGGUGAUUGCAAACCUGAAGGUUGGCUUAUUUAUUGCAUUGACUGAAACAACGAACAUGAAUUACCUGCUGGGAGGCAGAGAAAUGUGCAGCCUAAUUUUUUCGGCCUCU